CCUUUAACAGUUAAAUGAAUCAAAUGGAUUGUGAUGUUUUAUUUCUCAUCAUUCUCGCUUUUUAAUGGGUCUUUAAACCUCGUUCACUGAAUGUUUCGUUGUUGUUCAUUUUUACUUCUUUUUUUUAACGAUUGGAAAGUAACUUUGAAAAAGCGAGAGUUGAAAUAAUAAAAAAAAUUAUUUCACUUUUUGGAUUAGUUGAAUAAGUGAUGGAGUUUUUAAAGGAGGCUCUAUUUUUCGCCAGUAGCACCAUCUCAAGCAUUUCGUUAGGAGUUGCAUCCGCAUCUUUAAUCCUAGGAUAUAUCCUCGCUGCCUCGGUGUAUUACAUUCUCAGGGACUACGGAGUGCCCCCUGGACCGACAGGAGUGCCUAUUCUGGGAUGGUGGCCAUUUAUAGUGAGUGAACACUCUCACCUGCAGCAGCUGGAACUGAAGAAGAAAUACGGUGACAUUUUCAGUUUCAGAAUCACGGGUGCACUCUACAUAAAUCUCGCCAGUCAGAAAAUUCUGAGGGAAGCCCACAUCACUAAAACGGAUAACUUCAGGGAGAGAACACCUGAUUUCAAUCUUCUGGCCAGAAUUUUUGAAGACGGAGUGGUGUAUUCUAGAGGAGAAAAAUGGCAGACUGUGCGGAGAUAUUUUCUGACGCAAUUCAGAGACAGAGGCAUGACCCUCUUUAAAGAAAACACAGCGGACGUCGCAGAUGAAACUGUCUGCAGCCUCGUGGAAGACCUCAGAAAGUGUUCGAAAGAGCCCGUUGACAUACUGAGACUUUUAGUGAAUAAAAGUAAUCGAAUGAUUCGUAACACUUUAUUGGGAAUCAGCACACCCGUGACCGAGGAAGAUAUAAGCAGCAUUCAGGAAGAAUACAGACAAGUGAGCCAGAUUGUUCAUUCGAAGAAUAUGCUCUUGCACGGAACCUUCGCUAGGUACUUUAUUGCUCCGUACCUACAUUUCUACAAAGAGGCGAUGAAACUCCACAGCAAGGUGAAGAGUAGAUUUCAAAAAAUGAUUGAUGACCACCGACGGACAUACGAUGAAGAUAACAUUCGGGACAUCAUCGACGCAUACAUGAACGAGAAAAAUUUGAGAAGAUCUAAAGGAGACGAAACGUAUCAAUACUUCACAGACGAAACUUUGGUGAGUAAUCUCUUACAGUUUGUUGGAGAUGGAGUUGUGAAUGUUGCAACUUAUGUGACAUUCAUGCUCAUGGCACUGUUGGACCACCCCGAGGAGCAGGAGAAGAUCUACAAGGAACUGGUGGAGGUGUGCGGAGAGGACAGGAAUCCAACCAUGGCUGACAAAAGCAAACUCAGAUACUUCAACGCAUUCCUUUUGGAGGCUCAGCGAUUGGCUAAUUUCAUUCCUCUCUUUCCAAGUCUGGAAUGCACGAAAGAAACGACCGUCGGGGGUUACAGGAUACCUAAAGGAGCCAUAACUGUCACAAACGUCUAUGCUAUACAUAACGAUCCCAAUGUAUACGAGGAUCCAGAUAAAUUUAAUCCUUCCAGAUUCCUUGGAGUAGACGGAAAACCAAGAGAAGAAUUACCCAUUACAUUCGGUGUAGGUAAGAGAGUGUGUCUCGGUGAAGGCUUUGUUCUGAUGCAAACGUUUGUUUAUUUGGCAGCCAUAAUCAAAAACUUCAAAAUAUCGUAUCAAGAACCAAAGACAUAUUUUGAAGUAGUGAUGUCUCGAAAGCUCAAAAUAUGCGUCACGCCCAGGAAGUAAUAACGAAGCUGCAACACAAAAUGGAACAUUUGCUCUGAGUCUUUACAUCUUCAUCUAAGAUAGAUUAAUCUAAUCUUGAGAACUCAAUUACAGAUGAAAGUUUUUUGUUUGUACAUCACAUACUUUGAAUAAUCCGGCUCUUGGCAAAAAUUCUCUAAAAUUUUUCCAUUCGAUGUGCUAAUUAAAAACUUGCACGAAUUUU